AUGAUGGAUCGACAAAGAGCCGCGGAGAAGGCUCUUCAUGACCAAACAAAUAUUCUUCAGCACGGACAACUCCUUGUGGUUUUCGCUGGACUUGCAAUCUCGAUCCUCAUCACCUUCGUCGAUCAGAACGGCAUUAGUGUAACACUUCCCACCAUUGCCGAGGAUCUCGACGCACAGAACACCAUAUCAUGGGCAGGAACAUCAUCGUUGAUCGCGAAUACCAUGUUUACGGUGCUGUAUGGCCGCCUCUCUGACAUCUUUGGCAGGAAGGGUAUUUACAUAUCAGCACUGGCGCUCCUUUGCAUCUCGGACAUUCUUUGUGGCGUUUCACAGACCCCAGAGAUGUUCUAUGUCUUUCGGGGACUUGCCGGAGUUGCUGGCGGAGGUGUGAGCGCUUUAACCAUGAUUAUCGUGUCCGAUAUUGUGACAUUAGAACAGCGUGGAAAAUAUCAGGGCAUUCUGAGCGCCUUUAUGGGGUUGGGCAACAUCAUCGGGCCGUUCAUUGGCGCUGCUUUUGUGAUCAAGUCCACUUGGAGAGGGUUCUUCUGGCUACUUGCUCCGUUAGCUGCAAUAUGCGCCGUUCUUGGUUACUUUCUGAUUCCCAACAAUCACAAACGGGACAGCUUCGCCGAGAGCGCCAAGCGUAUCGACUUUCUAGGGAUUCUCACGUCAUCGGCCGCGGUUAUACUUUUGCUAAUCCCAAUUGCUGGUGGAGGAUCGUACUUUGACUGGGACUCGCCAAUGGUCAUUAGCAUGCUUGUUCUCGGAGGCGUGUCGUUGAUCGUGUUUGUCCUGGUAGAAUGGAGGGUAGCCAUUCUGCCUAUGCUUCCGAUUUUUCUCUUCAGGAAUAAGGUCAUCUGCGCUUUAUUCAUGCAGACAUUCCUUUGGGGAGCUGUUUAUCAGGCCUUCCUCUAUUAUCUCCCAUUGUAUUACCAGAAUGCUCGCGGAUGGAGUCCAAUUGUCUCUGCGGCUUUGACCUGCCCCAUGAUGGCAUGUCACUCGAUAGUGUCGGUUGCUUCUGGACAAUAUAUCUCCCGCAUGAAGCGGUAUGGUGAGCUGAUAUGGAUCGGCUUUGGUCUCUGGACACUUGGCGCGGGCCUCAUGAUUAGAUUCAGCGGCACGACUACCCCAGCUGUGAUCUGCGUGACCGUCGGUAUCGCCGGCAUGGGAAUUGGAAGCACCUUCCAGCCGACACAGAUCGCAUGCCAAGCACAUUGCACCAAAGCCCAACGGGCCGUUGUGAUAUCCGAUCGAAACUUCUUCCGGUGUCUUGGCGGUGCAUGUGGUUUGGCCGUUUCUGCUGCACUUCUGCAAGCUGUGCUCCGCUCGAAUCUCCCCGACGAAUUCAAGAAUCUGGCACAUUCAACGUACUCAUUGCCACCGAGAGACGGUCUUUCCGAUGCGGAGUGGACGGCGAUCCUCAGUGCAUAUGCGGCUGCCUCGCGGGCUGUGUUCAUCCUGCAGGUUCCUUUGAUUGGUUCAUGUUUCUUGUUGUGUGUGUUUGUUCGAGAUCGAGGACUGGAACGACCCAGAGAUCCUGACGAAGAGCAAGCCUCGAGCGGCGUCCAGGGAGACAAUCAGCCGUGUGCUGACCGGCCAGUCGAGGGGCAGGCGACAGGGGAAAAAAGGGAAAGCAGCAAGUAG